UCAACCAGUGAAGACGUAGACAGUCGAGCUCAGAAUUUCAAAGUGAUCAGACGUACACUUGAGCUCUUGCUUUUGCAAAAUAUCUUUUCGAAUAGUCUUGAAAUCGUUACCACAUACAGUUAUCAGUAAUAAAUAAAAUUUUGAACUAUUUGCUAUUAUUACUAUUAGUAGUAUUAAUUAUCAAUUAAAAAUGUCGAUCGUCAAGGUUGAAACUUGUGAUAGAAUAAUAUUUGAGAUCGAUGAAAAAAUUGCCAUGAUGUCAAAUACCAUCAAAAAUAAGAAAGAAGAUAAAAAAGACGACGAUGAAGUGAUUUUUUUGACCAAAGUUACAUCUGAUAAUCUGGAGAAAAUACUCCCGUGGCUUCUACACCACAAGGAUGAUCCACUGGCAUCUCAAGACGAUAUUCCUAGACCAGAAAAUAUUAAUGACAUCAGUGAGUGGGAUAGGAAAUACUUCGAGAAUUUUAAAAUGAUUGAUUUAUUCGCAAUUAUUACUGCUGCUACUUAUCUGAAUAUCAAAGGAUUCCUGGAUUCCUCAGCCAAGCUGCUUGCCCAAAUGAUGCUCGGAAAAACACCUGAAGAUAUCAAAGAAACUUUCAACAUUAGUCCACUCGACCCUGUUGUUGAUGAUGAGUCAACCAGCAAGCUUGGAUCCGGCAGUUCUGGAGAAAAUAAAUAACUUCUAAAAAUUUUAAAUUUAGUUUUUUCCUAUAUUUGGUAAUUUGACUUUGAUUGAACAUUUUUAUUAAUUUUAUUUGUUAAUUUCAUUACAUCAAAUUCAUUUUAAUUACAAUACGAAUCUAUAAAAUGUAUCAUAAAAUUAACUUCUCUAUUUGUAUGCAAAAUUUAUGAUAACUUUGGAUGAUAACAAACAAAUUAUAAUAAUAUCAAUAACUUAAGAAUUUAAGAUUCAAAGUGUGGAAUUGUAUUAAAAUUUGAACUUGUAAUUAACUUUUUGAAUUUUAGUCAAAUUGAUAUGUAUAAUUUACUCUGAUUUGCUUAUAAUUUAAUUCAAUGCAAUAAAAAUUA